AGUCCAGCAAACAGAUCCAACUCACCGAACUCGAAGACUACAAGGACGAACAUGUCCAUUUAACCAAUUUGAUUACCUUUAACUUGAAGUUAACACUCCGAUCAGGGGAAGAUAACUACGUCAAGUAACAGUCACAGACGCAGACCACUUAUCUCUGCCACCACCAAUCGUUCGUCGCCAGUCCACCGCCAUCCACCGAGUUCAAAAUUCGAUCUAAAACUGAUUUUCGUUCUUCUAUAUAUAUAUUUUUUUGAAGUUUGAUUGCAGCCUCUAGAUUUCUCAUCAUGAACUGCGAAGUCUGCCAACUCAAAGAACUGGAAGUCGAACACUAUGAAUUACGCGAAGUUUUACGCUGCAUAUUACACACAAUUGUGUUUCAACGGGCAUUAGGUCUUGUGCGGCCUAAAGACAUUGAUCUAGAACUGUUUGAAAUCACAUAUGUGCAAUGUGGGGAUGCAGAGGUUGAAAAGAAAAUAGAUGAGAAGAUUGAACAAUUCAUAAGUUGGGUUGAAAAACACCCCAACAAGAAAAGCCAGAUAUGUUUAUCUUUCUAUGAAGUCAAAAGUAAACAGCCAUCAUGGUUCACUAACAAGAUUGAACGCCUAUAUUGGGAACAGUGGUAUGUGAACUUGAAUGUGUCCCAACUCCCAAGAGCACAUUCUAUUAAGUCUCGUCAUUCCAAAGUUGUUGAUCCUGGAGAGAGUGCAUCUGAGGAGAGAAGUGCUCGCAGGCCAGCACUUGAAGCUUCUCUUCGCGAUGUUUUAUUUCAAAUAAUAAAAUUUGUGAACGAGAAAAAGGACCAUGUUCCCCCUAUAUCUGAGGGUGUCAUUUAUUUUCCAUUUGAAAUAACUAUACCAAGUUCAUUGGACUCUGCUUUUGGGAUGGAUAUGAUAAAGAGAAUGCUGCAGACUGGGCAUCCAACCAUGCUUAGCUGAUGGAAGAGUUGGGUAGCUGAUACACUUUUAAAUAAAAAAAGAUAAAAUAAUCCCCCAUUGAUUACAAAUCCCUAUUUCAAGGAAAGAGUCGAGGUAAAAUAGUAAUUUGAUUUUUCUCAUUAAUAUAUUACUGUCUGCAAAACAUGAAUAUUGGGGUUUUUGGUGUUGUAUAUAGAAGCAAAUCAUUGGUGGAUGUUGAAAUGCACCUUUAUAUUUUCCUGUACACGGUAUUCUGUUACUGGUUCAAUAAAUGAGAGCCAUGAACUA